AUGGAUCGUCACAGGUCAGAAGCACCACCAUCUUCCCCUCCAUUGAGUUUCUACCUAGCUGCUCUUACCAUUGCAUCGCUAAUUUUCUUGUGCAUUUAUGGUUCUUCUUCUACCGUCAUUUAUGUGGUCAUAUUCGUCACGAUUUGCAUCGCGAUUUGCGUCGUCAGCGUGUUUGUUUCAAGAUUCAUCCAUGAGAGAAAACUGCUAGCAAAUGUUGUACGGUUUGGUAACGUAUCAAUGGCAUCAAUUAGUAGCAGUGAUUGUGCAAUCUGUAUAGAGAAUUUUCAGAACGGAGAGGAAUGCUUAGUUUUCCCAAAUUGUGGCCAUCUCUUUCAUUUGAAUUGUAUCAACCAUUGGAUACAGGCCAAUCCCACAUGCCCAAUUUGCCGUCAUCGUAUUCCAUUAGCAACCACCGUUUUCACCGCCUAA